GGGACCCGUUUCCAUGGGACACAGACCCCGCUGCUGCUCCCGGCCCGGCCCCCCUGUGCCCGGCCGGGGGACCCAGCCCCGGGCGCGGCCCGACCCGGCCGGCAGCAGUGUUAGUGCCUUUUGGGGAUACAUUUUACCCUGAGAAUCCAAGCUGGGCUCUCAGCCCUGGACCCCCUGUGGCAGGCUCAGCACUUGUGAAAAUCAGGCCAGGCUACAGAAUCAGGUCCACGUUUCGCUGGAGAUCGUCCCAUCCUCCCAGGGAAGGGAAAUGGCUGCAGCGGAGCCGGUGACCUUCGAGGAGGUGGCUGUGUAUUUCACGGCGGAGGAAUGGGCCCUGCUGGACCUGGGUCAGAGAGCCCUGUACAAGGACGUGAUGCAGGAGAACUAUGAGACCAUGACCUCGCUGGGAUUUCCAGUUUCCAAACCAGACCUCCACUCCUGGCUGGAAGGAAGGGAGGAGCCGUGGGUCUCCGAUAUCCAGGGCUGUGAGGAAAGGGAGAUCCCAAGCGAUGCCCACACAGCAGGUGGUGGGACGGUGAGUGAGAACGAGGAGGAGAAUCCUCACCAGGAAGAUCCUGAGCGAGUGGAACCACAGGGGACGAUAUCGGGAAGAGGUGAAGGGGACGUUUCCGAGAGUCCCAAGCAGGGAGAAACCCGUGAGAGUCAGAGCAGCGCGGAGAGGCAGCAGGGAAACCACUCGGAAGAGACACUGGUUAAAUCCACUCACAGCAGAAGAGGAGUGAAGAAAGUCAAAGAAAUUAUACAACAGAGAAUCCCCACUGGAAAGAGACCCUACGUGUGCGGUGACUGUGGGAAAAGCUUCCGGUACAAAUCAGAGCUUAUUAGACAUCAGAGAAUCCACACGUGCGAAAGACCUUACAAGUGUCCAGACUGUGGGAAAAGCUACAGACACAGGUCAACCCUUAGUGGGCAUUGUACACUGCACACGGGAGAGAAACCCUAUAACUGCCCUGACUGUGGGAAAAGCUUUGGUCAGCGCUCACUCCUUAUUCAACAUCAGAGACUCCACAGCGGGGAGAAACCCUACAAAUGCUAUGAGUGCGGGAAAAGCUUCAGUCGGAACUCAAACCUCCUAUCACAUCACAGAACUCACACAGGAGAGAAACCCUUUAACUGCCCUGACUGUGGGAAAAGCUUCAGAUACUGGUCAACCCUUUUCAAGCAUCAGAGAAUCCACACAGGAGAGAAGCCCUAUAACUGCCCUGACUGCGGGAAAAGCUUUGGUCAGCGCUCAGCCCUUAUUAAACAUCAGAGACUCCACAAAGGGGAGAAACCCUACAAAUGCAAUGAGUGCGGGAAAAACAUCAGUCGGAAGCACCUCCGAUCACAUCAGAGAAUCCACACAGGAGAGAAGCCCUAUAAGUGCGCUGAGUGUGGGAAAAGUUUCAGGAACAGCUCAAUCCUUAUUCUCCAUCACAGAAUCCACACGGGAGAGAGACCCUAUGAAUGUAGUGAGUGCAGGAAAAGCUUCCGUCAGAAGAACGCCCUUCUAUCACAUCAGAGAACCCACACAGGAGAGAGACCCUAUAAAUGUCUUGAUUGCGAAAAAAGCUUUAGGAACAAGGCACACCUUAUUAGACAUCAGAGAACCCACACAACAGAGCGACCCUAUGAAUGCCUGGAGUGCGGGAAAAGCUUCCGUGAGAAUUCACAAUUUCUAUCACAUCAGAGAAUCCACACAGGAGAGAGACCCUAUAUCUGCCCUGACUGUGGGAAAAGCUUCAGGCAGAAUUCACACCUCCUAUUACAUCAGAGAAUCCACACAGGAGAGAAACCCUAUAACAGCUCUGACUGUGGGAAAAGCUUUGGUCAGCGCUCACCCGUUUUUGAACAUCAGGGACUCUACAUGGGAGAGAAGCCCUACAAAUGCAGUGAGUGUGGGAAAAGCUUCACUCGGAAGUAUUCCCUUCUCUUACAUCAGAGAACCCACACGGGAGAGAGACCCUAUAACUGCCCUGUCUGCAGGAAAAGUUUCUAUGAGAGAGCAGCCCUUAUUCAACAUCAGAGAAUCCACACGGGAGAGAAACCCUACAAAUGCAAUGAGUGUGGGAAAAGCUUCUGUCGGAACACAUACCUCCUAUCACAUCAGAGAAUCCACACAAGGGAGAAACCCUAUAACUGCUCUGACUGUGGGAAAAGCUUCAAUGAGAGCUCAGCUCUUAUUGAACAUCAGAGACUCCACAUGGGAGAGAAACCCUACAAAUGCAGUGAGUGUGGGAAAAGCUUCACUCGGAAGUAUUCCCUUCUCUUACAUCAGAGAACCCACAUGGGAGAGAGACCCUCUAACUGCCCUGUCUGCGGGAAAAGUUUCUAUGAGAGAACAGCCCUUAUUCAACAUCAGAGAAUCCACAUGGGAAAGAAACCCUAUGAAUGCAGUGAGUGUGGGAAAAGCUUCACUCGGAAGUAUUCCCUUCUCUUACAUCAGAGAACCCACAUGGGAGAGAGACCCUCUAACUGCCCUGUCUGCGGGAAAAGUUUCUAUGAGAGAACAGCCCUUAUUCAACAUCAGAGAAUCCACAUGGGAAAGAAACCCUAUGAAUGCAGUGAGUGUGGGAAAAGCUUCACGCGGAAGUAUACCCUUCUCUUACACCAGAGAACCCACACGGGAGGGAAAUCCUAGAAAUGCAAUGAGUGUGGGAAAAGCUUCCAUCAGAACGCACACCUCGUAUCACAUUAGAGAAUCCACACAGGGGAGAAACCCUAUAAUUGCCCCAUCUGUGGGAAAAGCUUCAGCCAGAGCUCACAUCUCCUAUUACAUCAGAGAAUCCACACAGGAGAGAGGUUAAAGGGCCUCCCCUUUAACUGCCAUGACUGCGGAAAACCUUCAGUCACAGGUCAGCCUUUGUUUCUCUCUGGAGAAUCCACACAGGGAAGAAACCCUUUUAAUAUCCAGAACAGGGGUAGGCAACCUACGGCGAGCUGAUUUUUAGUGGCACUCACACUGCCCAGAUCCUGGCCACCGAUCUGGGGGGCUCUGCAUUUUAAUUUAAUUUUAAAUGAAGCUUCUUAAACAUUUUAAAAACCUUAUUUACUUUACAUACAACGAUAGUUUAGUUAUAUAUGAUAGACUUAUAGAAAGAGACCUUCUAAAAACACUAAAAUGUAUGACUGGCAGGCGAAACCUUAAAUCAGAGUGAAUAAAUGAAGACUCGGCACAGCACUUCUGAAACGUUGCCGACCCCUGGUCCAGAAUGUGGGGAAAGCUUCACUGUGAGCUCAUCUCUUACUACACAUCAGAGAAUUCACAGUGGAGAAAGACCCAAUGAAUGUAUUGACUGUGGGAAAAGCUUCAGUCAGAUCUCACACAUUCAACCACAUCACAGAACACACAUGAGAGACAGACCCUACAAGUACCCUGGUUUUGGGAAAUGCCUUAUGUCACAGCUCAAACCUCAGAACACAUAAGAGAAUCCACAAGCAACACAAACCCAAGAAGCAUCCUGGCUUGCAAUGGGCCAAGUAACCAACACUUUUGCCAAUUCCCACAAAUCUCAGUGGGUCAGACCAGAUGUGGCUGGAGUGGCCAUGUAACGAGGACACGGCAUAAUUAUUAAAGCAGAAAAUGAAAUCACUUUCCUGGAGCAGAGCUGUUUAGAACUGGGGGAGGUUUAGGUUGGAUAUUAGGAAAAACUUUUUCAUUAGGAGAGUGGUGAAGCACUGGAAUGGGUUCCCUAGGGAGGUGGUGGAAUCUCCUUCCUUAGAGGUUUUUAAGGCCCGGCUUGACAAAGCCCUGGCUGGGAUGAUUUAGUUGGGAAUUGGUCCUGCUUUGAGCAGGGGGUUGGACUAGAUGACCUCCUGAGGUCCCUUCCAACCCUGAUCUUCUAUGAUUCUAUGAUAAGAGUCUGAGAUAAGUCUUCCACAUUGUGAUGGGAUUUGAGAAUAAUUUUCAACCAGUUUUAAUUGAGGUUCUCCAUUGAUGUUUGGUUUUAUAUACCUAAAAUCAACCUUACUUUAUAUGCUCCAACUUCUCAUUAACUGUUGAUAGUAUUGUAGGCUGGGAUCCGCUGUGACACUCAGCAAUGCCAAGACUAAAUUUUUAGGCACCUAGAAAAUCACAGGAACAACACUGAAGCAAUAAAGCCUGAUUUAGGGGCACUGACUUCCUGUACAAUGACUGGAGAGAGGUCUGAUUGACAAAAGACAGCAGGCUGGGCAGAGAACUGCCUAAGCUAAUCAAUGGGAGAUUGCCGCACAGCUCUCUGGCUAUGUUCCCUCCAAUAUUUUGCAUCCAUAUGUGGAAUGAAUUUUGUUAUGUGCACUGAGGUAUGUGUGGAUGUGCGCCACCAAUAGAAACAAAAAACCGAGCUAUCAUCUAUCUUUUUAAAAAGUUACCAUAGGGAUAAUUACUCCAGCCAGGACAGGUGAGACAUUUUAGAACUCACUACUCAAAGAAUUAAAUUUAAGCAUAAGAGAGAAAUAAAAGUAUGAAAUGCACAGACCAGUCAAAAAACUAAAACAACAGCACUUUGAAAGAAUAAAAUUACAGAGAAUUUAUGUGCAUUGCAGGAAGUACCAAGAAGUAACACCCACAACAAUAAUACAAGUAUGUGUUGGGAGGUGAAUGUGAAAGAGCCUGUGUGUGUGACAUUGUGUGUGUGUGAGUGAGAGAGAGAGAGAGAGAGAGGCUCUGUGUGUGUGAGAGACACUCUGUGUGUGUGUGUGUGUGUGUGUGUGUGUGUGUGUGACAUUGUGUGUGUGUGAGAGAGAGACACUCUGCCUGUCUGUGUGUGUGUGUGAGAGAGAGAGACUCUGUGUGCGCGUGUGUGUGAGAGAGAGAGACACUCUGUGUGUGUGUGUGAGAAAGAGACACUCUGUGUGUGUGUGUGAGAGAGAGAGAGAGACACUCUGUGUGUGUGUGUGUGUGACGUGUGUGUGAGAGAGAGAGACACUCUGCUUGUCUGUGUGUGUGUGUGAGAGAGAGAGAGAGAGAGGCUCUCUGUGUGUGUGUGUGUGUGAGAGAGAGAGAGAGAGACACUCUGUGUGUGUGUGUGUGUGUGACAUUGUGUGUGUGUGAGAAAAAGGCACUCUGCCUGUGUGUGUGUGUGUGAGAGAGAGAGAGAGAGAGAGAGAGACACUGUGUGUGUGUGUGUGUGUGUGUGAGAGAGAGAGACACUCUGCCUGUCUGUAUGUGUGUGAGAGAGAGAGAGGCUCUGUGUGUGUGUGUGACAUUGUGUGUGUGUGAGAAAGAGACACUCUGCCUGUGUGUGUGUAAGAGAGAGAGAGAGAGACACUGUGUGUUUGUGCACACGCGUGUGCUGGGGGAGUGUAUGAGAGACACACCCUGCCCCUUUAGGUAGAUCGGCACUUACCAGUCUGAACGCUGCUUGUUCAGAUACAACAGCAGCCCCAGCAGCACCGUUCCACGUGUCCCCACACACACACACACACACAGAGCGCUCUGCGGAGAUGGGAUACAUGGGCGGGGGGGGGACAGGGACACCCUAA